AUGGAUGAGGAUUUUUGGAGACAAAAGGCAGCUUUGAAAUGGCUGGAUGAGGGAGAAAGGAAUACACGAUUUUUCCAGGGAUGGGUAAAACAGAAAAGGGUCAAAUCAAGAAUUCAUGCUGUAGAAGAAGGAAAAGGGAUUCUGACUGAAGAGGUGGACAUCAGAAAUUCGGCAGAGAAAUUUUUUAGUGAGUUGUUGACUGAGGAUGUGGGAACACUGAUGGAACCUGACCUGGAUAUCCUUGCUACGCUUCCUGGUCAGGAAAACAUGGAAUUGUUAGAAAGAGUUCCAACAGAAGAGGAAGUAAAACAGAUAGUUUUUGAGCUGAAUGCAGAGAGUGCUGCUGGUCCAGAUGGGUAUCCAGCCAAGUUCUUAUCAAAACUCCUCACAACAAGGUUGGCACCUCUUUUCCCGUUGUUAACAGUCCAACACCAGAGUGGGUUUAUUAAGGGGAGACUUUUAAGUGAUAAUGUUCUCUUGGCAAAUGAACUCUUCCAUGAAAUUUGGAAGGGGGUGACUUCUCCAAACAUGGUCCUAAAAUUGGUUAUGGAAAAAGCUUACGAUCGUGCACAAAGGUCUACAAUCUUGAGCCUUGUGGAAUGUUUGAAGCACUAUAUGGAGGUGUCUGGACAGAAGGUAAAUGUGGGGAAGAGCUGGUUCUUCCUUGAUAAGAAGCAUUGUGAUUGGGCUGAGGAGAUCAACGAGGUUAGCGGGUUUCAGCAAGGAUCAUUUCCUUUUAAGUACCUUGGAGUACCUAUUUUUCGAGGCAAAAAGAAGACCAGCAUGUUUAUGUUCAUACGUGACAAGAUCUCUGCAAGGAUUCAUAGCUGGAGUCACAGACAUCUAUCGUUUGGAGGUCGCUUGACUCUAAUCAGAAGUGUUAUGGGGGCGAUUCCAGUCCACAUUGUUCAGAUUUUGGAACCUACUAAGGGGGCCAUGCGGUUGAUUGAGCAGGUGAUGGCUCGAUUUCUGUGGGGCUCUUGUAGUCCCUUGAAAAAAACCCAUUGGAUCAAUUGGGAGAGAAUUUGUCUUCCUACGGAGGAAGGAGGCUUGGGAAUCAGGCGGCUGAGGGAUUCUAUUGAGGCAUUUAGUGUCAAAUUGUGGUGGAGAUUCGGGAGCAGAGUUCUCUUUGGGCACGAUUUUUGGAUGGGAAAUCAUUGGAAUGAGGAGGAAUUGUGGAUUUUGGUAGAGGAGGUAGGAUUACCAGAUGAGGUUAUUGGAAAAAUCCUGCAAACUCCUUUUGAUAGAAGGGAAAAGGAUAGGGGAAGAUGGAAAUCAACGGGCAAUGGAACUUUUGUACCUCUUCAGCCUGGGAGUUGGUGA